AGGGGGCGAUAGCAGCGUUCUGCUGCUCUACGUAAAGAAAAGGCACUUCCGGUGCUCUGUGUCCGCUCUGUCAUAGGCAUCGCUUACUUCAGCGAGAAAGUAAAGAUGGCAGCCCGUCGUUUAUCCCUGAAGGCUGUUGACUGGGUGGCAUUUGCUGAGCGGAUCCCACCCGUACAGCGGAGCGAAUUCAACGCACUGAAGGCCAAGAGUGAUGCCAUUUCUGCUAAAUUAUCCUCCCUGCCUGAAACUCCUGCACCCAUUAAUUGGAGUUACUACAGGAGUGCAGUGGCUAAACCCGGGAUGGUUGAUGAGUUUGAGAAGAAGUUCAAAGCCCUGAAGGUUCCUGAGCCCAUCGACACACAGACAAGUGUCAUUAAAGCACAGGAGGCUGAAUCUGACAAAAGUGCAUUGGCCUACAUUGCAGAAUCAAAGGCUCGCGUUGCUGAGUACGAAAAACAACUGGAUAAAUUUAUCAACAUGAUCCCCUUUGAUCAAAUGACCGUCGAAGAGUACCACGACGCUUUCCCUGAGACCAGGUUGGACAAGGUCAAAUACCCUUACUGGCCCCACAGGCCAAUUGCAGAGAUGUAAUCCUACUACUUGACAUGCUUAACAAUAAAGAUUAUGUAUUUUAAAAAGAA